GCAGUAGAUUUGUCAUGUGACCUUUGACCGUGAGGCGCAAACAAGUGCCAGGCAAAGCAGUGACAAUGGCGGAGAAGGGACCGCUGAUCGAGCAGGACGAUGGGCACUACAGCGAGGAAGAGGCUCUGGUAUACAUCUCGGACGAGAAGCAUCCCUCUGGGGCCACCAGGAAGGCUGAAGUUCGCCGCGAGAGACGACUAUGUUACUGUGUGGUGGGAGUGAUGGCCGGGAGCGUUGCUCUAGGGGUGGUUGUCGCCAUUUCGCUCUUUUUCACAUUCCACGAAGGCUAUUUCAACCAAGACCAGGACAACAGUGUCAACGACUCGCCAGUCACACUAAAGACGUCUCUAACAGUAAACACCAGUGAACUGGACCACUCUGGGGAGUGGGUGCUGGUUAAGUGGGUCAACGUCCCAGACCCCAAUAUCUCAGACUGGGUCGGUCUCUAUUCCGUUCCGGGGAACUUCAAGGAGAAUGGGAUCAACGUGACGGCAAAAGCACCAGUCAAAUUUCAGUAUGCCGACUACAGUCAGACCCACAUGACCAAAGGCGAAGGCUCCAUUCAGUUCAGACUGGUCAACAUCAGACAGCCUCUGGUCUUUGGCCUCUUCAGAGGAGGAUUGGACACUCACCUGGAGACGGCUCAGUUCAGCCAGGCCACCACACUGGCUCUCAGUGACACCGUCAGUUUCAAGAACUGGAACGAACCGCUGCAAGUUCAUCUGGCCCUCACCAACGACCCAACAGAGAUGAUAGUGUCUUGGGUGACAAAUAGUUCGAGCAAUCCGGAAGUAAACUGGGGAACUGAAAGUGGAAACCUCACAAACACGCUAAAGGCGAACUCCUCCAGCUACAGUGCCAGUGACAUGUGUGGCUCUCCAGCCAUUGACUUUGGCUACAGAGACCCAGGUCUCCUGCACAAGGCCAAGCUGAGCGGCCUCCAGCCUGGCCUCACCUACUACUACACCUGUGGAGACCAGCAGUUUGGCUGGAGCCAAGAGUUCAGCUUCAGAGCUGCCACUCCGGCAAACGCCAGUGCCACUACCAGAGUUGUCGUUUAUGGAGAUAUGGGGAACGGUCACGUUGAUGGGACGUGGCAAGUGAUAAGGGAGCAGCCCGGUGCAGUUAAUACCUCCAGGAUGCUAAGGGGACUUGUCAAUCAAACUGACGUGGUCUUCCACAUUGGAGACAUCAGCUACGCCAGAGGCUUCGCUAAUGUGUGGGACGAAUUCUUUGAUGAGGUUCAGGCAGUGUGUGGCAACGUCCCCUACAUGGUCUGCAUUGGAAACCACGAACGCAACUGGAAUGAGCCAACGUCUUACUGGAAGAGUCCAGAUUCAAUGGGGGAAUGUGGUGUUCCGUACGAAAGGAGGUUUCCUAUGCCCCGCCCUGCUCUAGACCAACCAUGGUACAAUAUUGACUAUGGGAGUGUCCACUACCUCGUUAUGAGCACGGAACACAAUUUCACGAAAGGGCUCCAUUCAGUACCAGUAUCUGGAGAAUGACCUUCAGAACGUCGACAGAUCACUAACUCCGUGGCUUGUUGUCAUUGGACACAGACCGAUGUACUGCUAUUCCAACAAUGACACUGGUUUCUACGCUGGAAUCCAGCCUGUGGCCAAGUUACUGAGGGACAAUAUCGAGGAUCUUUUCAUGGAGUACCAGGUGGACCUAGCUCUGUGGGGUCACGAGCACGCCUACCAGAGGACCUGCGCAGUGUACAAGGAGGAGUGUGUUGAAUCGGGGAAUGCCACCGUCCACGUCAUCGUGGGGAUGGGUGGACAGAAACACUCCACUAGCUAUCCGUGAGUCAAAAUAUGUCCUUCUAAAACCAAUGUAUUGUUGCUUUUCAACAGGCCUACAAAGCCAUCAUGGUUGGACCACUUUGACGAUAAGUACUACGGAGUAUCAAGACUAACGGCAAACUCAACUGAUCUUGUGUUGGAGUACCUCGCCAGUGAAGACGGCGUACCGAAAAUCAACGAUGUCGUAACCCUGACCCACGAGACUUGAAUGAUACUGCUGUUAGAAAGACCAACCUUAGAUCAUUGGCUGCUCCAUGUAUAUACAUGUAUAAGAAGUAUGUAUGUGUGGUUUGUGUUUAUGCAAAAUUGCAGUUGAAUGAAGAACGUUUUCAUGUUUUGUGAAAAACGCAAAGAUAAAGAUAGGGACAAACUGCUAUUUUUGCAAAUGUUUUCCUUUUUUCUCUAUUUUUUACACUCAGUCGCAUUUUCAUGUUUUGAAAUUAACAUAGGACG